AUGGGUGUGAUGGCUUUGUAUGGGUUCGGGUUUGCAGAGAUGGUUUGUGCGAUGGGGUUCGGUGGUUUGCAGAGAUGGGGUUUGCACAGUGAGUUAGGGAAUGGAGUUCAUGAGGACAAUUUAGGAGAAAAAAAAAGGGUGGUUCUUACUUUCAAGGAUGGAAUUUUCUGUGAUCGUGAGUUCUUGACUUUAGCCAUUUGCAAUGUGAAAACACUAUGCCCCGAAACCACCAUAACAAAUAAAGGUGUGAGGAGAUACUACCUAAAGAUUCAAGAAGAUUUUAGAUCCGUUGAUCUCUCAAGCAACAAAUUCAAAGGGAAUAUUUCUGAAUUCAUUGGGAACCUAAAGGGACUCCGAUCGCUCAAUGUUUCCAACAACAGUGGUUGCAUCCCAUCAUCUUUGGGGAACUUAACACUGCUUGAAUCGUUGGACCUUUCACAAAACAAGCUUUCAGGGGAGAUCCCUCAAUUUGACCUUACUUCAUUUGACAUUACUUCGUAUGAGCGAAACCCGGGGCUGUGUGGUGAUCCAUUGCCAGAGAAAUGUGGAAAUACUGAGGCCCCUCAAUUGCCACCUUCCUCUGUAGAAGAAGAUGAUUCAAACUCUGGAAUAGAAUUUGAUUGGAAAUUUGUUUUGGCGGGUUUUGGAAGUGGGUUGGUAAUCGGAGUGGUUUUAGCAGACCUUUUGAUCACAAGGAGGCCUGAGUGGUUUAUUAAGAUUGUUGCAAUGGUCAGACCAAUGAUAAGGACGAAGUAG